AUGAUCAGCAAAUUUUCGUCGACGGUUUCCUACGAGCAACAUGGAAGUAGACUGGACCAUCUAGAUACAAAAUACACGUCUGUGCUCGAGCGUUACGAUCAAAAUCGCAAGAACAUAGAAACGAAAGUAGGGCAAAUUCAGGCAGCUGUAUUCAACAUGGAAGCAAGCAUGGCUGAUAAUGAUCGGUUGACGCAUGUCUAUAACAAUUUGCAUGGACAAUUUGAAGCGAAAGUUGCGGAAUUCAGAGCAGACGCGCAAAAUUGGAUUGAGGGAAUGGUCGCAACCCUGGAUGUGCACGCUCGACAACAACUCGAUCACAUAUCAUUUGAUGCCAACCUCAUACAAGAGCAAAGAGGCAUCAUUAAGUUGGAUGACAUGGUCGAACGGUUAAAAGCGUUGCAUACAAACAUUAUCAAUGAUAUGAAAGAGGUUGUGGAAAAGCGAUUAGCGUCCGAAAGAAAAUUGAUAGACACCAUUACCGAAGUCAUAUUGCAGAACAAGGAAGAAAUUAGAGUGGAAAUGGCAAAGGCUCUUGCCAAUUUCAAAACUGGUAUAAUCUGUGAUAUUACUGAGAUGAGCCACUCCCGUGAAGAAUUUGAGGACUUCGUGCUGGAAACUCUGGAAAAACAGAAUUGUCGUCACGCACCAUCUAAGUCACGAAACCUUAACGUGAUGAACAUCCUAAAGUGA